AUAUGACCACGCAGAGAGAAAACCAGGAAGUGAUGGCUUGUUUGGAGUAGAAGAGCUGCAGCAGACGCUUUCACAUCCGUUGUUCAGCAUGUCUCUCUGUAAAACCAGCCUGUUUUUGCUUGUGUUGGGAGUAAAAUUCUCCGCUCCCGUGUCCGCCGGCGAUGCCAACCUCACCGCUUCAGACUCCGCGGAGGAGCCGAAACCGGCGUUUGUUUCCAGCGCCGCUGCUGUGGGCGACUCGCCAGCCUUGAUCAAGCCGGGCGCGGAGUCUUACUUCUCCCUGAACUUGCUGUCCGCUUUCCCAGAGGAUUUGGAGGUCAGCGAUUAUUGCAAUGACCUGCUGCACAUUUUCGGACAGCGGUACGUCGCCUACGUGAACUGCUUGGUGCCGGCCGCCCGGCCCGUCAAAGUGUGCCAGAGCUGCUUUGCCAGUUAUCGCAACCUGGUGGAAAUCUACACCAACAUUUCAGAUCAGGUGGGGCCUGGUAAUGUGAGCUGCAGGGAUAGCCUCCUGCGCAGUGAUCGGCUGAUGCUGGUUUAUCUGCUCUAUGACAAUCUGGUGGAAAUAUGGGAAACUUCAGGCUGUAAGGACUGUGUCACCGCGGGACUGCAGAACCUGACCAACGACAUGCUCAACUUCAUGGCUGCUCUCAACCAAUCACUCACCUGCUUCGAGAAGUAUCAACAGCAGGGAAACCACUCGGAGCUCUGCAAAGAGUGUAAGAGCCCGUACAAAAGCCUAAACGAGCUGUACAGCAGAAUGGAGAAGAAUCACACUCUGUGUAUUGACAUAGAAGAUGCGAUGAAUGUGACGCGCAGACUGUGGAGUAAGAAUUUCAAUUGUUCCUUCCCCCGAGAGGAGACGGUUCCUGUCAUCGCCGUGUCCAGCUUCAUGCUCUUUCUGCCCAUCAUCUUCUACUUGAGCAGCUUCCUUCACUCGGAACAAAAGAAACGCAAGCUCAUACACCCCAAGCGAGCCAAGUCCAACACCAGCCUGAUGAACAUCCAGGAUAAAUUCAGCUGAGUGGGGAGAGUGGUGAAGACUGAACCGGAGGAGGACACAUCGUGGCUAACGUCUUCACCUCCUUUCCCAUCCUUUGUUAAAACCCUCAACUGGAAGAUGACUUUGAUGGACAUCUGUAAAUAUAGUGGACUCAGCAGGAGCCUCGGUUCACAAGACUGUGUAUAUGAGUCCGUAUUCAUCGGACUGCAACAUCACAGUUGAUCAGAGUUUUGUAACUGAAGUCGACAUGUGCAAAAUAGGAAUUUGGGCACCUUAUAAAACAUUCAAAUCAUGUUUUCACAUUUGUAAAUGGAGUCAGUACAUUUUUGCAAGUAAUUAAAGCGAAACAUUCUCUAGAAAUUCCUUUUUUUACAUCAAAAAUUACCAGUUUUAGAUUUGUAGAAUUAAAAGUCCCCCUCAAUUUCAUUGAGGAAGGCAUUGUGUUGGAGUGACUGUGCACUGUACAGCUGCCUUUUACAUCUACUAAUCUUGCACAGAAUACUGUUUGUAUUGCUGCAUCAUGUGUUUGGUCAUCAGAAAAAUCCUGAAUCUCCUCCCUUGAUGGUUUCUCCUGGUUAACAAACUUGAUCCGGCUGCUCAGCUCAUCCCGCAGUCUGCAAAACAGCUAUCCCCAGAAAAAAAAAUAACAUGAGUGGCUUGAUGUGCUGGAUGUGUGUGUGCGCGUGUGUGUACGUGCAUGCUAUUUUUCUCUUUACCUGGGCAGAGAAAUGGGUUUUCUCUCUCUAAUGUAUGUCCAGAAGAGAGCUGCAAACAGGAAGCACUUGAUGUCCAUUAGUGGGACAUGUAUCUGUUGUUAAGAACGGGAGGGGGGGUCCACAUCAGGAAAAAAAGAAGAAAAGUAAAUAAAUAAAUAAAAAAUAUGUAUAAUGUAAGAGGUCUCCAAAGUAGGCUAUGACACAGUGAUCUUACCUGUUUUCAAGUCAGUGUUAUUAUUUGAGCAUAAGGCUUUUAAUGUUUUUUUUUUUUUUUUUUUUUUUUUUUGGUCCUUUUCCACUGAUGUUUAACUUAAUUUAAGGGUGUAAGACCCCCCACCAGUUGUGCGAUAUCUACUGAAUUGAAGAGAUUAUGUUUGUUAACUGAAUGAAGAGUGAUUUGCUGUGAUGCUGCACAGUAAUUACACAAAUCCUAAUUUUGAACGCAUAUGCCCAAAUAAAUAUUUAUUAACAUU